AUGUCGCUCUACAUUUUUCCCGGUCGCCUUCCUCUCUCGCGCUUCGCCUAUCCUUCUCCUGCCGCCUUCCUUUCUCCCGUCGCCCUCCUCUCUCCCGUCGCCCUCCUCUCUCCCGUCGCUUAUCCUCUCUCCCGUCGCCUUCGCUCUCCCGUCGCCUUCGCGCUCAUUCUCCUGUCGCCUUCGCGCUCUCUUACCCGUCUCCUCCGUGCUCUCUUUCUCGACGCCUCCGCGCUCUCCCUCCCGUCGCCUUUGCGCUCUCUCUCCCGUCGCCUUCGCGCUCUCACUCCCGUCGCCUUCGCGCUCUCUCUCCUAUCGCCUUCGCGCUCUCUUACCCGUCUACUCCGCGCUCUCUUUCUCGUCGCCUCCACGCUCUCCCUCCCGUCGCCUUCGCGCUCUCUCUCCCGCCGCCUUCGCGCUCUCACUCCCGUCACCUUCGCGCUCUCACUCCUGUCGCCUCCGCGCUCUCUUUCCCGUCGCCUCCGCGCUCUCUCCCUUCCCCGCUUGUCGUUCUUCCUCUGUUUGCUCCCCUCUUGUCGUUUUCCCUCUCACUCCUCCCCUCCCGACGUUUUUCCUCUCUCCCCUAAAAGUCCCAUCUCUCGUCGCCUUUGCGCUCUCCCUAUUGUCGCAUGUCUCCUCUCCCUCCCGUCGCAUGCGCGCUCUCCCUCUUGUCCCCUUCGUCCUCUCUCUCCCGUCGCCUACGCGCUCUCCCUGUUAUAG